UUUUUUUUUUUUUGAACCAUUAAGAAUAAAAAAUGAAGAAAAAAAAAUGUGAAGGACUUGAGUGAAUUGCCUGUUUGGUUCUAUAAUAUUCUCUUGACUUGUUUCUUAGAACUUGUGAUGCAAUCGGUUGAUCUUUUCAAUUCAAAGUCUGCACAGGAAAUUGUCCUCUGGGUUCUGAGGCGUUACCGUCGAUUGAUGCCCAACAAAAUAAGUUAUAUAAUCAGCUACUGAGGUCAAGAGUCUCAGCCAUCAAUUUGCUGUAUUUAUAUCUUUCAACUAACAACAAGACCCUUCAAGCUUCUUCAUUUGCAGCAGCAUCCCCUCCACUUCUAAAGAGGCCUUUUCUCGGUGAUAGAUUUUCAUUCUUGAUCAAAAACAUGUCGACUUCAACAAGCUCCAUGUCAGUAGAAAAGCAAUUCAUGCCUGAAAACAGAGUUCAACAAGUUGAGCUACUAAAUUCAAUUAAUGAUUUACAUGGAGGAGUUGUCGUGAACAUUGAGCAGCCUAUGGACUCUAAGGUCUUUUCACCUUUGCUCAGAGUUUCAGUAUCACAAUGGAGGCAACAGAUGUCUCGUCGAUCUUCCAGGGGUAAAGACAUUGUUGCUGACGAUCCAGCAACACCAGUUGCUAAAAGGACUCGACUAUCAUCACAGGCAUCUCAAGACCCCAAUGAGGAGAGGUUCAGAACUCCGCUUACCUCACACAUCUACUCAAACAUCUUUGACAAGUCAACUCCUAUAGUGGAACGGGUGGUGGAGUUUAACACCUUAGGGACCACUUUUAUCCCUCGAAUCUUUGAGCAACGAGAUUGGGCAAACUUGUUUGGGAACUUUGGCGAUCCAAUGGAUGAAUUGGUCAAAGAAUGCUUCUCCAAUGCAACUGAUCUUGGAGCUGAACUUAUUUUCUGGGUCAGAGGAAAAGAGUUUGGCAUUUCCCCAAACUCCAUCGCAGAUCUUCUAGGCAUCACUAGACCUCAGAAUGUGGAUCUAACUCCGUACGAUGAUCGAACUCCAAAGAUUCAAGAAAUUCUACAAAUCCUAAGAUCCGAUCAUGAAGUAUCCAAUACAGGAACAUCCACCAGCACCGCAAAGUUUGCACCAGAGCUGACCACACUGAAGUUGAUCAUGUUCACUAAUCUCUACCCACUGUCCAACACUACAUUCAUCAAUCUUGGGAGAGCUCUAUUCCUUUGUGAUCUUAUUACAGGAGCCCCCAUUGAUAUAUGUGCUCACAUCUAUUACACUAUGAGGAAGACCGCGGUUCGAACUGCAGCUCGAGGAAUUAUUCCAUUUUGCAGUCUCAUCAUGAAGCUCAUUCUUCGUGAAGGCAUUGUUCCUCCCACAGAUGGAAAAAUGUUGACCCGUCAGCGUCCUAUUUCCAUGUACACUCUUCAAGCUAGCAGAAGUCACUCUUCUAAGACACCAAAGAGUGCACACAUCUCUCCGGUUACUCCAUCUGCUCCUGAUUCAGAGACACCCGCACGUACCACAUCUACUUUGCAUGCUGUUCCUGAAGUUCCACAAGCUAGUAUUCCGCAAGCACAGACUGAUCCUCAUACUGAUAGAGUGGGCAGUUUACUUGAACAGAUUCAGAAACGUAUUGAUGAGAUUGUGACACUUCUCUACUCCACAAACAACCAUGUUCAAAUGCGUCUCGAGACUAUGGAGAAUCAACUAGACGCUAUUCAACAAAAGUUGGACGACAGCCUUUAGCUAUUCGUGCCAAAAAGGGGGAGAGCAUUCAAUAAGGGGGAGAAAGUUCAAAGGGAAGUGUGCAUAGUGAUAGGGGGACUACACACAUACUUUUGUCAUACUUUUGUUCUAAGUCUUAUCCUCUAAACUUAUAGAUUUAUGUUUUUGGACUAUUUAAUAUUUAUAUGGGUUUGAUACACUGUGGUUUUGGUGUAUUCUUGUUUCUAACUCAUAACUUAUACUCUUGGUUUAAUUUUUUAUAUAUUUUGUUGAUGUUAUUCAGGAUAUAUUGUGUUUUGUACCCAUGUGCUUUUGUAAGCUUUUAGGGUUAAUGUUUUUAUGCAUAUUCUGUAGGCUUUAUGGUUUGUACCUUGCUUCAUGCAGCCUUUUAUGCUAUGUUGAAAUCAGUACUUCUAUCUAAAUGUCUUGCAUUUUGAUUUAUGUACUGUCACUCUUGUGCCCUUGUAGGAUUGUUCCUAGAUGCAUAUACUUUGUGUACUAUGCAAUGGUUGAGUGUUGAGCAUACAAGUAUCUUGCCUUGUGCUUGUUAGCUUGUAUGUCCUUGUGUUCAUUCCAAGUGUGAAUGAGCAUUGUGGUCACUACCUUGUAGUGAUUACUUGGUUGAUCAAGCCAUGGUUUGUUUCUUAACUCCAUUUUUGCUUGAUCACAUAUUGCCUGUUUCAUAUGCAUUUCACGAUUUUCUGCUUACAAUGAUCAUGGUGUAUUGUUAUGUUUCAGGAGUCUUAUGUUCAUAUGAUUCAAGUGUUUCACAGCUUCUAGAGCUAGGUGUGAGUGAGUUUUGUUCAACUGUUCCCAACUCACAUGUUAAGUCUAGAGUCUAUUUUAGGGUUUUGUCACGGAAUAGCCAAAGGGGGAGAUUAUAAGGUUGAAUUUAUUCAACCAUCUAAUUGGUUUUAUUCCAUACCAAAUUUGCUUGUAUUUCAGCAUUUAGUAACCCUGUAUUUAGGUGGGCUUGUUGUAAGGGUAGUGAGUGAGAUAGAGUGAAGUUUGCUCAAGAGUGUGCAAGAAAACAGAGACUCGCGGCUGCAAGCCGCCAAACGCAGCACACGUGCCAAGCAUGCCGGAAGGUGAACAGUCAUGCUAACUGGAGCACUAUAGGACAAAACAGGACAACUGGUCAUACGGUUAUCUCGCGACUGGAUCUCGCGACUUGGUCAAGUCGCGAGGUCAAGCCGCGAACCACCCCUAAUUUGUAAAACCUGACGUUUCACAUUCCUCUCCCACUCCAAUAUAAAUACCCCUUUUACCCAAAAAUGUAAGAGAGCUUCCAGAGAGAAUUUUGAGAGAGAAACCCUAAAGAAAAACAAGAUUGAUUCACCCACAAUCUAUACAUUAGAGUCUCUUCAAAUUCCUCAACUCUCUUCCUCUCCAUUAUCAAAUCCUUGAGAGGCAUUUUACCAAACCUUGUUCUCACCAUAAUCAUCACUGUGAGAGAGCUGUUUGGA